AGAGGUAAAUCUUGUCUUUAGUAGCUGUGAGGAGGUCCUCUGGAGUGCAGUCUUUUCGAUAAUAGCUGAGAGGAGGUCCUUUGGAAGUUCUCUUGAUUGUUGUGUCCUGUGAACGUAUGCUGUCAGUCAGUCCCUAAACAAAAAGAGGAUUACUUGAUCCGCACGUCGUAUUGUCAACAAGAGUGAAAAGGAAAAGAUAGACAGGAAAACAUAGUUACUUAUGGGAAACAACGAUUACGCCUGAGCUAACAGAUUUACCUUUCUUAAAGCGUUUCCAGACUGCAGCAAUUAUCACCUUACUUAAUAUUCACGGGUGAUAUUCCUUGCCUGAAGAGAAGGAGACGAAUCCUGUUUCUCCGGGAGGAGGAGGAGGAGGAGGAUAGAGAUCCUAUUAUCAUGAAUUGAAAGGAGAGGAAUAGUCUGAGACAUUAGGAGGAGAAUCCUAUCACCGUGAGUAGAGACAGGUAGGAACAAGAUCGUAAAUCCUUGUCAUUACAUAAGACCCGAGUCAGGAAACACUUGUGCUGUUUCCUGACGAACCUUACCUAACCUAACCUUGACAACGGGUGACACGGAAAGUGAGACGAGAAGUAUCCUGCUACUGCAGUGAAGAGCAAGACUGGAGCAAGAUCUUGGCUGCCUUAUCAAAAGAAUGAAGAUGCCGAGGUGUGUGUGGUGCACGGGACUGGUGAUGCUGGUGAUGCUACAUCUCUCCUCAGCUGUCAUCUUCCCCUCACCUCAUCCUCAAGAAACGGAUAAGUCGUACUGGUACCAGCUGAUGCGACGGGAGCUCCGAGAAGCCAGGGACAGACCUACGAAUAUUGGAAAGGCCAAGAAUGUUCUUUUCUUUCUUGGUGACGGUAUGGGAGUGACGGUGUCGACGGCAGGACGCAUCCUGAAGGGGCAGAAGAUGGGAGUGUCUGGAGAGGAAGGUUACCUUGUCUGGGAGAGAUUCCCUAACAUGGCCCUUCUGAAGACAUAUGCCUUGGACAAGCAAGUGCCAGACAGUGCCAAUACUGCCACUGCCUACCUGACAGGUGUCAAGGCUAACUAUGAAACUCUGGGAGUUAACGGUAGAGUAAAGGUGAAGGACUGUGAUGCUUCUCUCAUCCCGGAGAACAGACUGGACACCAUCCUUAACUGGGCACAGGAUGCUGGCAAGGACACAGGUAUGGUGACGACAUCACAGGUGACCCACGCCACACCUGCAGCACUGUACGCUAAGUCCGCCUUCAGGGAGUGGCAGUGUGACACCAGGAUGAUCCAGGAUAAUGCUACACACUGCAAGGAUAUCGCCAGACAGCUGGUGGAGGAUGAACCAGGCAAGAAUAUGAAGGUAAUCCUGGGAGGCGGACGGCAGGAGAUGGGCGCACCUCAUGGAGGAAAGAAGAUCAAGUGCCCGAGAUCGGACAGCAGGAACCUGGUGGAGGCGUGGAAGAAGGACAAGAAGAAGCGAGGUGCCAGCUUCGCCUACGUCACCUCCACACGGCAGCUGCGAGGCCUCCAGCUGGACAACCUCGACUACCUUAUGGGACUGUUCGGAGAUAUCUCUGUGCCCUACGAAGUGGAUCGUGAUCAUGGCCUAGACGGGACGCCCAGCCUGAAGGAGAAGACCCUGGCGGCCAUCCGUAUCCUAAAGAAGAGCUCUCGGGGAUUCUUCCUCCUGGUGGAGAACGACUUAUUAGACAAAGGUUUGCACGACAACAAGCCCCGGCGAGGCCUGGAGGAGCUGUUGCAGAUGGAGGAGGCAGUGGAGGCGGCGCUGCAGGAGGUUGACCUGGAGGACACGCUGGUGGUGGUCACAGCUGACCAUUCCCAUACCAUGGCCAUGGCUGGCUACCCUCCCAGAGGCAAUGACAUCUUUGGAAUAACGACAAGCGAGUAUGUGACAGAUGGACUUCCUUACACCACUCUCAUGUUUACCACCGGCCAGGGAUACAACUACACCUGGGAUGGUCAGAAGGUGGUGCGACCCAACUUGACAGGUGUUGACACAAAUCAGAAGGAUUACGUGGCACUGGCAGCCGUGCCCACUCAAGUUGGUCAUGAGGCACACGGAGGCGAGGACGUGGCAGUCUUCGCUGCAGGUCCUAUGAGCCACCUGUUCCACCGAGUACAUGAGCAGACCUACGUGGCUCACGUCAUGGCCAGUGCUGCUUGCAUUGGACCCUACAAGAACGACUGCGCUCGGCCCCUGAAGCAGGACAAUGGAACUAAUAACAGACACAGGCAAGGAAUUCACUUGGAGGGAUGUGAGAAUCAUACCGACAGCCGCCGGGAGGACAUCGAAGUAGGGAGAACUGAGAUCGAUGAUGUUAAGAAGGAGGCAGUGAAGGACAGCGCCCCAGCAGCCACUUCUGGAUAUAUCACAAUGGUGUUAUUUGUCUUCCUGUGCCUGUGGAGUAACACACUCCUGUAGUAUAACUCACAUUAUACACUUCCACUCUGUUAACGGUGUUUAACAUAAAACUCUGUUAACAAUCUAGUUAUUUUUACACGGGAGCAACUUUUGUUAAUGUGGCUGCUAUGGCAGAAAAUGUACGGGUGUGAAACACGCCCUCAUUGUGACAACGUUUCGCUCUGUGUAUAGCUUUAUCAUGCCAACUGACUGACUUGAUAAAGCUCUACACAGAGCGAGGCGUUGUCCAAAUCAAUGCUUGCUCUGCACAGUUCUUUUCUACAUUGACUUUCCCAUAUACACACACCUUGUCUCUGUAGAUGUCUUCCUUUCUCAUUACAUUAUUAAAUGCUGUAAAGUUCAGAACAUUUGUGAAUUGACCUCCUCCUCCUCCUUCUCCUCCUCCUCCUCCUCCUCUCUCUCUGCCUCUUCUCCUUUCCUAUAAUUUUUUUUCCCUUCCUGUCUUCUGCUUAGGUGUGUUCUGCCUUUCAGUUUUACCAAAGCUCAUGAUUCUGUUAUAUUUCCAUUAUGAUUUAGGAGGUCAUGUUUGAGACAGGGAUGCGAGAGCGGUGAUUCCACGAACCACUAAAGAAUAUUCAACCUGACUCGGUUUCAAAGCCGACUGUUUCAUAGAUAACAAGGCAGUUAUCCCAAGCUAGUUCCUUGAAGACCCUCCACCUGUACAAACCCGGUCGUUACAGAGAGUAGCAGUACUUAUGUGUACAAGUGCUUAAUUAUACUUACUUAUCUAGUCUCUGUAGCUACAGGAUGUGGAUGGUAAUGUGAUAUAUCUAUCUCCGCUUGUCACAUGAUGUGAUGACCGAAUCACAAGGGUUCACAUAAUGUGGUAAAUCAACCAAUGGGAAUCACAUAACGUGUUGCACAUAUUUACGUUAUGUUCAACACGUUUUUUCCCUUUACUUUAAGUUUGGAAAAAUAUCUUAAUAGAAUAUAAACACUUACGUAUGAUCAUAUAUGACUUACGU